AUUAAUUUUCACUUAAGCAACAACUACAAAACUCAAUGGGUUCAUGCAAUUUUUUUCUGUUUUUCAUUAUUUUCUCUUCAUUUCUCCUCCCUUUUGUAAUUUCUACUCAAUUAACUGUUGGAGGUGAGUACAAUGGCUGGGGUCUUCCUAAGAAAGAUGCUCCCAUGUUCAAUACUUGGGCCUCAAGAAACAGAUUCAAAGUCAAUGACACUCUCCAUUUCAAGUACGAGAAGGAUUCAGUAAUGGUAGUGUCGGAAGAAGAGUAUAAAAAUUGCAAACCGACACAUCCCGUAUUCUUCUCCAACAAUGGCGAUACCACGUUCGUGUUAGACCGAGCUGGUUUGUUCUAUUUCAUUAGCGGAGUUAAGGGACACUGCGAGAGAGGGCAGAAGAUGAUCAUCAAAGUGUUGGAAGUUGAAGUUCAAAGCCCAGCACCCAGUCAGUCUGCACCAAAUGGGACCGAUGAUAAUAAUAAUAACACAAAGAAAAAUGGUGCAAUUACUGAAAUUGCACCAUUUUCAUCAAUUAUCCUUCUAAGUUUGUGUUUCUUUAGCUUGUUUCUUUAGUUUCAUUUUAUGCUCUUUAAUAGAAUAGAUUUUGUUCUUGUUUUUGUAGUUAGUAUGAAGCUUAAGACAUAAUUUAUAUGGUUUUGUGGUUUAUUGUUUUUCAA